AGAGGUGGUGGUGGUGGUGGUGGCGGUGGAGGUGGAAGUAAAGGAGGAGCUUGCGUCUAUGAUGACGGUGAUGAUUUCAGUCUUGAUUCCGGACCCUCUCGUCCAAGCAGACCUGGUAGAGGACGGGGCAGUGGAGGCGGUGGCCGAGGUGGCGGGGGCCGAGGUGGCGGGGGCCGAGGUGGUAGCAGUGGUGGGGGCAGAGGUGGCGGUCGUGGUAGCGGAAGCAGUGGUGGCGGAAGGGAUGGAGGUCGAGGAAGAGAUCGUGGGAAAAGCAGCAGCAAGCCUCUCCCAAGGUCCCUGGCGAGGACCCGAACAAGCCCAAAGCCAGGUGACAGCGUCCGGCCGGAGAUGAGCACCAUGCCCAUGCAGAAGAUCUUCAUGACUACUGAGAACCAAGAACAACUCAAGGAGCUGCUGCGGAAUCUGCAGACCCGGGACUUUGAUGAGCCAUACGAUGAAUCUGAUUCAGAUUAUUCUGAAGAAGAAGAGGAUGAAGAGGAAAUUGAUGAGUUGGACCACCGUGACGAGGGCCAGUUUUGGGCCACAACUGAUGAGCCUGUGGAGAAGGCAGAGAGCCCGGUGUAUCUGACCGAGUCGUCUGAUGAGGAACGGCCCACCCCUGAACCUGUCCUCUCCUUAUUCGCCAUAGGAAAACUCUGCAGGUAUGGCUUUGACAGGGAGCGUGGCAAGCAGGCAUUGGAGGCUAGUGGAGGGGAAUUUGGGUCCACUCUGGAAAAGCUCCUCCUCCAGAUUUUCAGUGAGCGCUACGGCCAGAAAGCUGUUUCCCCUGAUGGCCUUGAAGUGGUGCCUAGGGAUGAGUGUUUGAGCCAGAGGCAGGAAGAAGCUCUGGCUCUCGCUGCCAUUUACGGUGAGCGCUUCAACGAGCGCAUUGCCAAUACAGUGUGGACUGUAACCCUGGACCUGUCCUUCCUCUCUGACAAUGCAGCCAAGAAUGGCAGGCAUGGUCGAGGUGGUGACGGAGUCGUCCACAUCCGAGAUGUCUGCCGGUUCUUUUUGAAAGGGCAAGGCUGUCGCUUUGGGGACAAAUGCAAGUUCAAGCACCAGCUCCCCACUAAAGGGAGAUCAGGCUCCCCAGACUCUCAGGGCCCGAGCCAGCCUGGCUUCAGCAGCUUUUCCUCUAAUGAGUAUGAACUAGAGGUGCGUUUUCCCAAAGGAAACCGUUACCCGUUUCAGGCACCAAUAGUCGCCUUCAGCACCACCGAUGUGUCUUUGGGGGCCGCGGGGAGGCUCAGCGUGACGGAGAAAUUGUUCGCAGAAGCGUUGGCCGCAGCAAAGAGCAACGAACCUGUGGUUUACACCCUGAUCACAAUGUGUGAAGAUGAAUCUGCCAUCAAGGAACUGCUGGCUGUCCAGCAUCACAAAUACAGCACGCCUCCGCCUGUGCUGGUGCUCCCUCGACCCUCUGUUCCCAUAGCAAAGAGUAAGAGCGUGAGGAGCAACGCUACUGAGGACAGCAGGAGUAGUAGUGCCAACAGCAGGAGGACAGCACCACCUACCAACCAGAGACACAUUGAUUUGAAAGAGAAAGUGGAGGCGGAGGAGCUGGAUGAGAAGGACGAGGACGACGAGGACGACGAUGAGGAGGACGUUCCAGUCGAGACUGAGAGUUACGUCAACCUGAGGAAGAAGAUGGUGAAUAAGCACAACAUGAAGAUCGACAACAUGCAGAAAGAAAAUGGCAAGCUGUGCCGGGAGUUUAAGAAGAAGCAGUCAUCGGGGCGUUUCAGGUCCAUGUUGGAGCAGAGGAGGAAACUGCCCGCUUGGAACGAAAAAGAGAACAUCUUGGACCUGCUGGAGCGGUGCCAGGUGCUUGUUGUCAGCGGGAUGACUGGGUGUGGUAAGACCACUCAGAUCCCUCAGUUCAUUCUGGACGCCUCUUUAGGGGGUCCGGCAGAUCAGGUGGUGAACAUCAUCUGUACUCAGCCACGCCGAAUCUCUGCCAUCUCUGUGGCCCAGAGAGUGGCGCAGGAGCGAGCGGAGAAUCUCGGCAACUCUGUGGGCUACCAGAUCCGCCUGGAGACCGUUCGGUCGGCUGCCACCAGACUGCUGUACUGCACCACCGGCGUGUUACUGCGGAGACUGGAGAGCGAGGCAGACCUCAAAGGAGUAUCGCACGUCAUUGUGGAUGAGGUGCACGAGCGAACAGAGGAGAGUGACUUCCUGCUGUUGGUUUUAAAAGACCUGAUCAUGCAGAGGCCAGACCUGAAGAUCAUUCUGAUGAGCGCCACACUUAAUGCCAACCUCUUCUCUGAGUAUUUCUUCAACUGUCCCACGGUGCACAUACCAGGUCGUACCUUCCCCGUCGACCAGUUUUUCCUUGAAGACGCUAUCUCUAAAUCCGGGUAAGUACAUGCAGC